GAGCAUCAGUUGUGCUAUUAUAUUUGGUUUGUUUAAACCUCAUAUGAACAUAACCGUGUCAUAGGUUUUGCAACGCUUGCCACAUGUUUACUUCCAAAAGUAGCGUUUAUAUACGACUGGAUGUUAGACUCCAUAUCGAAAGAAAAAGUUCGACAACAUAUGCAUGUCAAACGAACGCGAUCAGAAAACAGAUUGGAUUUGUAUUAUUUAACAUAACUGUGAUAUCGACAAGUAAAAUAAAUGUUAGGGUCUCUUGUAAAUAUAUUAUUCGUGAUAGGCAAACAUAGAAUUAAAUUUAAAUUCACAACGUGCCAUGUUAUGAUGUGAACCGGAAUGUAAUGUGAAACAAAAAGCAAUCGCAGUAAACUAUGACAUACCUUUGUUAAAAACCACUACAGAACCUUUCGAGGAAAAACGUAAAGAGAUAAAUUGAAGCUUUUCUUUAUAUGUAUAGACGUCUGUAUUAUCAUAACUUUAAAAAUGAUUUCAAACCUAAAAGUAACUUUACGGAUAUGCAAAGUGGAUUGUGCGACACCGAUACACAUGAAGCCCGACGGUAAGAGGUUCGAGCAAGCGUGCACAGUAAAAUUUAAUAAGGAUACCGAACACGAAAUGUUGUUCAACUUUAGACCAGCCACGUGCAUUUGAAAAUCAACGACAGAUACUCAGGCAACUCUAAAUCAUGGUGCAGGAUGACGUGACUUUGUUGGGUUUUAAAACGUCAAUGGAUGUAACACACCGCAAACUGAUGGUCAAUGGAGAGCUGCAUAAACUUGAGCUUGUCAAGGGAAAGGCGAAUGACGAAGACUCGAACGGACGGACGUAUAAGACGCUGUUUACAACUAAGGGGUUCGAGAUUACCAAGGCCGGAAAGCGACAAGAAAUCCUCAUAGUCAUCGAGCUGGAAAACGGCGUAUACAUGAAGGUGACCCUCCAGUGCAAAGUGUACGCCCCCGGGGACAAGAGCCACGCCCAGUGGGGCGACAAACUCUCCAUGAUAGACAUGGACUGCAGAUUGGACCCGGCACAUAAUUACGUCACUAUUUUAAAGGAGAAAUAUUUGUGACGUUGUUAAACUAAAUGCAUAUCAUCGCAUAAUAUUAUAUACAGCAAAAUUGACCUUGAAAAGUAUUAUGUUUCUUUUUUUAAAGGAAUUAUUUGUGUUGUCGGCCAUUUUUAUGUAAUAUGCGCACAGUUCAUCUUUACAGAAAAACAUUUGCAACGAUGUUAAAAAAACGAAACACAGUUUUGAAAUUAAACACAUAUGUCUAAUCGAUACCGAACUACAAUCAGGUCACUAUUUCAAAGUAUGAUUAUGAAUGGCAUAUGAUUAUAAUACAUAUAAUAAGCACAUGGACUAAAUUGUGAAUCUGAUUCGCAAAUAUGUCCAAAUUACACACAAUGUCGUUAUGUUCACUAGAAUUCGCAUCUUUUUGUUUCUAUGUGUAGUCGAAAUAAAACGUGUUUAUAACCAGGUAGGAAAUAUCCUGCUCCACUUACGUCGCAUUUAUAUAUUCAAUUACAAAUUGUGAAAGUGAUAGCUUGUGUUAAUGUCUAUCUCGCUUACAAAAGUGUUCUUUUUGGUAGAGCAGUUAUUUCAGAACAUGUGUUUUGAUUGAUUGUGUGUAAAAUGAUUACUUAGGUUUUGUCAUGUCAAUUUACGGCCUUGUAGGAUCGAGAUAGGUUCAAGUGUUCUAGCCUUAUUUGCGAUAUUGUGAAUUUGCAUGGGUGAAGCUAUAAACACAAAUAAUUAUAUUUUCUGAAAGAAGAUGUGAAAUGCAGGUUUUUUUAUUUUUAAAAAGUAUGUGCCGUUCCAAACACGUAUAACGUGAAUUUAUCAUUGUUCAUUGUUAAACCCCAAGUUCAACUUAAUUUUUGUACAGAUUGCCCAUACAUAAAUUUGUCAUAGCUUCGUAAAACGGAGGCUCCUUAAAUUAUUUGCAUGAGGAACAUACUAUGAUAAUACACUAUUUCAAUACAAUUAUGAUGGAUUUGGCAUGCAUACAGCUUUUGUCGUUGAUUUGCUCGAAUAUGUAUGAUAUUUGCUUUGUUUUAAAGAUAUUGUGAUAUUAAGUAUUCUGUUUUAAAUAAAGGAAUUAAAAAGUA